AAGCGAGCUAGGGACUUCAGAGAGAGAUAGAGAUGGAGAUGAAUGUGUACAAGUCUUCUUCUUCUCCAGAAGCUCAUCAAGACCCUCCAAAACCACCUCGUCCUGCUAGAAAAAAAUCACCAGGAGGAUGGAGAGCAAUCAAAUACAUUCUAGGGAAUGAGUCGUUUGAGAAGCUGGCGUCCAUGAGCUUGAUAGCUAACAUGACUGUGUACCUUACCACAAAGUACAAUCUGAGUGGUAUAUUUAUGGUAAAUGUGGUUAACAUAUGGAAUGGUUCCUCCAACGUUGCUUCACUAGCCGGUGCUUUCGUUUCUGAUACUUAUCUGGGCAGAUUUCGUACUCUUCUCUUUGGCUGCUUCUCAUCUCUUCUGGGUAUGGGGACCAUAGCCCUAACCGCAAGCAUACACCAAUUAAGACCCUCCCACGGCUGCCACGGUCAAUCUCAAGAUUGCCCUCAGCCCAACAGUUGGCAGCUGGCCAUACUCUUCAUGGGCCUGGGCUUACUAUCAAUUGGAGCGGGUGGGAUUAGGCCCUGCAACAUUGCAUUUGGUGCUGACCAAUUUGACACCAGAACAGCCAAAGGAAGGGCACAACUAGAGAGCUUCUUCAAUUGGUGGUACUUCUCCUUCACCGUUGCUCUUGUUAUAGCUCUCACCGGAGUUGUGUAUAUUCAGACCAACAUCAGCUGGGCCGUAGGGUUUGGUAUCCCCACCGCCUGUCUUGCCUUCUCCAUCACAAUCUUCUUGCUUGGCCAACACGCCUACAUUUACAUGAAGCCCCAGGGAAGCAUUUUCUCAGACGUAGCAAAAGUGAUCAUAGCUGCUUGUAGGAAGUCUAGGGUCAGGGUCGCACCGGAUUCGGAGCCCAACUUUUAUGAUCCUCCUUUGGUUGAUAAUGGGUGUGAGAGACAAGUGGUGAUCAAGUACCCUCACACUAAUAGGUUCAAAUUCCUUGACAGAGCUGCCAUCAUAACAAACCCUAAUCAAGAAUUGGACGAUCUGUGUAAGCCUAAAAGUGGGUGGAGACUAUGUAGCCUUCAACAAGUUGAGCAGUUGAAGUUUCUGGUAGCGAUCUUACCGGUUUGGGUAACAGCAAUUGGUACUUUCAUAACCAUGGACCAAAUGAACACUUUUGGAGUGCUACAAGCUUUGCAAAUGGACAGAUCAAUAGGACCCAAAUUUCAUUUCCCACCAGGUUGGAUGAACAUAACCUCCAUGCUCGCACUUGCUACAUGGAUCUUCACUUAUGAGAGGAUUUACCUCCCUCUAGCCAAAAAAUUCAGCAGAUCGUCGUCAACCGAUCUCCGAUUCACAAUGCAGCAGAGAAUCAAUACAGGCAUCGUCCUUUCGAUUUUGACAAUGUUGGUGUCUGGGAUCGUAGAGGAACACAGAAGGAAAUCAGCAUUGAAGCAUGGCUCGUACAUUUCGCCCACAAGUUUCUCAUUGCUGUUGCCACAGUACUUCUUGACGGGCCUGACCGAGUCUUUUUCUGCUGUUGCCAUAAUGGAGUUCUUCACCAUGCAAAUGCCGGAGAGCAUGAGAACUGUUGCUGGGGCAGUCUUCUUCCUUAGCUUAUCUGUGUCGAAUUACUUAGGCUCAUUCAUAGUGAACAUGGUCCACAAGGCGACUGAGGGCAAAUCGCCGUGGGUAGGUGGUCACGACCUUAACAAGAACAAGCUCGACUGCUACUACUACAUCAUUGCUGGUUUGGGAGCUCUGAAUCUCGUAUACUUCAAUUUGUUUGCAAGACAUUAUGUGUUGGUCGGUAAAAAGCCUGGUCAUGAUAGUGGGAAAGGAGUAGUGCAGCUAGAGAAUCCGAAUCCAAUUGCUCGUGAUAGUUCAAACGAUGAGAACAAAGUUUAAGGGUUGAAAACACUAGCAUUAAUUGGAUAUUUAUGUUCCAGGAAAACUACAACAUGAUCUCGAAGCAUGGUACACGUGGUGGUCCAAAUUAAUGUUAUUGGCUCAUAUGAUUGGUACUUAUUUCUGAUUAGUCUCUUAAUUUAAUUUUUGGGAAAAUUAUCAUUUACCCAAUUUUUGGGUUAAUUAACCCCACUUACCCAAACACUCUAAG